GCGGUCUAACAUUAAACACAAUGAAAGGUUUUGGUUGAUGCCUUGCUGGGAAUGAUGAUCUCCUGUUUCGCUUUGGGUUAUGAUGUAAUGGCGCUUUUUCUGGAGAGCUGAUUUCUGUCUCUCUCGCAGUUUCUACCGAUGGAAAUCCUAGAGGACAGAUUUUGUGCACCCGUCACAAUGCAUUCAAUGCCUGUGUGCACCGAUAGUGGUGGAGACAUAUUUGACUGUAUACAAAGAGGAGAUGUUGAACAGUGCAUACUUUUCGUGCAAAAUGAUCGAUCAAUUCUAAGACAUAAAGGCUGGGGUGGAUUCAGUCCUCUCCAUUAUGCUGCCUUACACGGAAACCGCUCCCUUGUAGACUUCUUCCUAGGCGCUGGUGCAGACCCUAACCUGACGUGUGAUGCAGGGCAGACAGCAUUUCACUUUGCCUGCAGGCAGGGAAACAUCUUCAACAUGCAUAAAAUGAUGCAAUACGGUGCAGAUUUGCGCCUCAUGGACUCGCAGGGGAAAACAUCCAUGCAUCAUGCAGUUACCGGGGGCAGCAUAGUCGCGGUGCACUAUCUGUGGGAGACAGGAAUGUUCCGAUUCUCUGACGCAGACAUGUACAAGGUGACACCUCUUCACCUCGCUGCAUCUACCGGCAACAUAGACAUGAUUCGCUAUUUGCUCAAAGACCAGCGAUGGGUUGUGAAUGCAGUUGACCAGCAGGGAGCGACAGCGCUCCAUGUUGCAGCAGAGAGGGGUGGAGUUGAGUUAUGCUGGACUCUGCUGCAGAAGACCGGCUGCAUGGUGCUUCAUCAGAAGAACUACAAUGGCCUCACACCACUGGAUCUCUGCAAACAGGGAAAGACAUUCAGACAUCAGCAACUUGCCAAACUACUAAAGCGGUAUAUAAAUGAGCCAAUACAUCACAAGCCCAGAGAAUCUGAUGUUCUAUACUACUGGACAGUGUUUUUUCCAUCUCUGAGUGGAGCUGCCAUCCUGCUGAUAGCAGCCAUGUUUGGAGACUAUGGAGGCCUCAUCUGUGGGCUCCUCUUCCCGUGGCUGGCCAGGAGCAUUUCUACUCAGUACUACCGCAUGACCUCAUACCAGAGGUUAGCUAAUCCGAUAUACUUGGGAACACUGUUGGCUGGAAUGAUCCAUUCCCUGGUGUGCUUCUAUGGAAAAAUGAUGCCUAGUGUGUGGCCCACAAGCACUUUGGCUCAGGUGUCCUUGAUUCACUUCUUCAUCCUGGUCAGUCUCUUCUAUAAGGUUCUGACUCAGGAUCCCGGGGUUUUAGACAGAGCGGAUGCAGAUCCUCGGUUCUCCUGUAUUGCUGACCUGGUAGAAAACAACCAGAGCCCUUACAGGUUCUGUCCAUACUGUGAGCUGUUCCUGCCGGACUAUACAAAGCACUGUAAGCUGUGUGAAGUGUGUAUUAAAGACUAUGACCAUCACUGCCUUUUCCUGAACCGCUGCAUCGGCCAGGGCAACCACAGACUCUUCCUUAUCUUCGUCCUCUCAAUGGUGACCGCCCAUCUUCUUUUUAUCGCUUCGGGGAUCAGUUACCUGUACGGCAACAUGUUUGAGGCCAAUCCCAGCUUCUCACAGUGGCUCACAUUGUUAGGGGAGGAGUUCUGGGUUGUGGCUCUGAUGAUUAUGAAUGCACUGACUCUCCUGUGGGAGGCGUGGCUUCUGACUGAGCAGUUUGACGCCAUUUCUGCCAGAACGACCACCUUCUUUAGACACAGUGAGGGUGCUGCACGGCAGAGGUCACUGGGGCAACGCUGGGCGGUCGUAGCUGCCUUUCUCCUGGAGGGACGCAGAUCUGUGGUCAGCAGACAAAUUGGAGAGGACAAAACUGCCAUAGACAUUUAAAACUGCCAUUUUGACCUAUACAAAGCUGUCCUGUUGACAUUAGCACUGUUGUUUGUGUACAGAUUUAAAGCCUCGGAUUGUUCGAACGUUGUAGUGAUACUGUUUCACUCAUUCCAAUGCCAUUUAGUAUUUGUAACGUAGAAUUUCCUUGUAGCAGCUGAGACUGGCCUAAGACACUGAGAGUACUGAGGAAAACUGAUAGGAAAAAUGGCCGAAACAAAAACCAGUACACUUUACUAAACAAAACAUAUUCCAACUCAUGGGUGACUCAAAAUAUAAAAAUCCUAGAAGUGAAAUAGAAACUUAGAAACAGGUGGGACAAAGAAAGCAAAAAGCAAACCAAACAGAGUGCACAGAAUGAACCAGACUGCCAAAGUUAGAAGGAUCUACAAGCAAAACAUCAAAGUUUUAAAACAGAAAACAGAUUAAACAACAUGAGAAAGUCUGGAUAUGUAUAGAAAAAAGAUCAGACUAUGGAAAAAUGUUUUACAGAUUUAGUUUUCUAUUUUUUGCCUUAAAGUUCUUUCCUUUCAUCAAUGUGUCCAUCUGCAGACCAUCCCUCCUUUCUUGUCUUUUAUUUAUUCAUUCAUUUUUUCUUUUCUACUGUCCUUCCUUCCUUCCUGUAGUAUUUGCAGGUUCCAUAUUUGCACACUGACCACUGUAGAUUCAUUUUCCAUCAUGUAAAGCUUAGUUUCUAUACUUAGUAAACAGACUAACCAGGAUACAGAGAGUUCUGGAAAUGUGUGUUUGGAAAAUUAUAGAACUUAGUAGAGAAAACCUUGUAGGAAACCUGACUAAACAUUUUAGUGAUCUCGUUUACAGCUGCUUUCACAUGCUUGAUCUAAUUAUUUAAUAUUUUCACAGUAAUUAUUUUAAACUAAGGUUUUCAUAAGCAGAACUUUUAGUAAACUCAAGACCAAACUAGUGAUAAUAGUUAAACUUUAAGAGACUUUGUUUCUAAAUUUAUCUGCUUCAAGUCAUCUCUACCAUCACAUUUCCUUUGCUCUCGCUAAUGGGACAUGGUCUUUUCAUGCCUUCAAUUAAACACACUAAUUUCCUACAUGUCUAACAGGACCAUAUUUCCAGAUUACAGAUGAUGGUCCCCACACCCCUGAGAGGCCGGUGUGCCUGGACUGUGUGAGUGGCUAUGUCAUCUAAUGUGAUUUAGUGUCUGCUCUACUGCCUCUCCUCCAUAUGAAGUGAUGAAGCUGAGCACAUUUAAGACUGUGAAGCAGAGUGCUUUUUAUUGUAUUUCUAUCCCUGAGUAUAAUACUUUACCAAAGUAUUCAUAGCCUUUGAGCUUUUUGUACAUUUUGUCAAAUUACAGUCACAAACUUGAUUUUAUUUUAGUGGGAUUUUAUGUGAUAGACACACAAACUGUAAAGUCAAAAAUCUGACAUGGUUUUUCCAAUUUUUCUGUGUGGUGUGCAUUUCUAUUCAGUCUUUAAGUGCAUGUCCGACUUUGCACUUUAAGAGCCCAUUCUUUUUUGUUGAAAAAUAGCUAAAAAAAAACUCAGUCGGUUUGGAUGGACAUAGCAUCUGUGAACAGAAACCUUCAUAUUAUACCACAGAUCCUGAGUUGCAUUUGGUUCUAGAUUUUGACUGCGAUUUUUUUAACACAUGGAUGUGCUUAAGGGCUCUAAGGUCUUGGGUGUAUGUGAACAGUUACCUCAGUCUUAAGUCUUUUUUCAGCCUCUACCUAGGUUUUCUUCCAGGAUUGCUAUUUUCUUUUACCUCCAUCCAUCUUCCCAUCAACUCUGACCAGCUUUCCUGCUGUGCAUCACCCUGCUUUAAACUGCUCCAGAACUUUAUCUCUGUCUUGUCUAGUGUUUUCCUUAGUGCAUAUGGGGCAAACCCCUGAGGCCUCCACAGAUCAGGUACAUUUAACCUGGGAUUAAAUUACAUGCUGGUGGGCUGAUUUGGUUACGUUGAAGGCAGCUGAUUGCAGUAGAUUUUAUUGUUUUAUGGGUAUCAGAGUAAAGGGAGGUAAAUACAGAUGCCCACCAUACUUUUCACAUUCUUAUGUGUAAAAUAUUUUGAAAAUGUAUAAUUUUUCUUUCCAUUUUUAAUCAUGGAACUGUUUACUACAUUGUUUCAGUCUGUCACAUAAAAUAAAAUAAUGUAAAGGUUUGUUGUUGUAAUAUGAGAAAGGUUCUACUUGUAUAAAUACACUGUCAGUGUUUUCCCAUUUCAAUAUUCACACAUGAUUUGUGCCUACUGUGUUUUAUCCUGAAUACUUGUUUUAUUUUGGUUUCUAAAAUGAUGUUCUGUUAUGUGUGGUGAUGUUUUCACGUGACAUAAAUUAUGUUUAUUAAAAUGGUUUCUUUUUUAAAAAAGA